AUGCAGUUCCUGAAACCUACUUUUCUCGCUCUUCUCUUCAGCCUGAGCGUAGCAGCUGUCCCUGCAGCACAGCCCGAGGAGUACGCAUGUCCUACGGAUGAUUACGCCUGCCACGAUGUGAUCAACUCAAGCUUGUGCCUGUCUCAGAAUGCGGCAAGCGGUACAAAGGAGGCCAUGGCCGCUUGUGUCGAUUAUCCUGGAGGCAUGAGCGACUUGCCGGGUGCAGCAAAAGCUGUCACUCCGCAUCUAUAA